AUGUCAAACAUUGGCAGACAUGUUUUAGCACUAGAAGUUAUCGCGGCCAUGAAACGUCCCUUUCCAUCUACUUGCAUGCCUACUGGCCAUUACGUCCGUGUGUCUACAUCCAAUGGUCAAUGGAACAUCACCGUCAAGACAGCAAUGGCCGACUGCAGUAUUUCUUGGAAUGAGACUUUCACUAUCCUUGGGUGCCCUCUGAUGUUUCUCCCGUGCCUCAUGUCCAUCUUUUCCGGCAAAUCAAAGACAAUCCACCUCGAAAGUCGCGCAUCAUAUGAGUUUGGACCAAGUGAGCUUGUGGGUGCAUUUAAGACGACUUUCGGACAUGUACUCAUAAGCGACGGAGAGUCCAAAGUCGGCUUCGUCUUUUGGAAUCAAGCUCUUGCUGGUGUGCAUAGUCUUCUUUGCAGGAAUUUUGAUGUUCGCUGGGAACGUGACCCUACUUAG